CCCGCCCAGACUGGGCUGUCCAGAAACAGGAAGUCUGAACUGGGAUCACUGUGCUUUCUCCACCUCCUUUGCUUUCCAGUUCCCUUUGCCUUCCCUGCUGUUUAAACUGCUCUCCCUUGCCUGGGAGUUUUGUUCAGUCCUCGUUUUUUCCUGCCAGUUCCUCCUGUCUCUCCUUUUUCCCCCCUGUGACCUCAGAUCCCUCCCCUUUUCCCUCCAGGAGCUCAGAUCUCUCCCCAUUUCCUCCUAGUAGCUCGGGUCUCCCCCUUUUCCCCUUGGGACCUCAGUUCUCUUCCUCUCUCCCCCUGAGAACUCAGAUCUUUCUUCCCCUUUUCCGUCCGGGAGCUCAGAUCUCUCCCCAUUUGCUCCUGGGAGCUCGGGUCUCGCCCUUUCCCCCUGAGAGCUCAGAUCUCUCCCCCUUUCCCCCGGUGAGCUCUGGGCUCUCCUCUUUUUUUCCCUUGCCCCUGAGAUCUCUCGGCAUUCCUGCACACGAGCCUGUGCUUGCAUCUCCCAGGUCCCUCAAGUGUGGUAGCAGCAAGACCCUGAGAUAAAGACCAGGUGCCAAAGGGAGGAACUUGAGAAAGAGGAGUCACUCUGGGUGUUUGCUACCUCCACGGGGAGCCUGGAGCCAGAGGAAAUGGGCCCUGGGAGCCUCAGACCUCAGGAGGUUGUGUCGUUCAAGGAUGUGGCUGUGGACUUCACCCAGGAGGAGUGGGGGCUCUUGGACCCCUCUCAGAAGGAGCUGUUCAAGGAGGUCAUGGUGGAGAAUGCCUGGAACUUGCUCUCCUUGGGGCUUCCAGUUCCCAGAGAAAAGGUGACCUCUUAUUUUGAGCAAAGGGAAGCACUGUGGAUGCUGGACCAAGAAGGCCUGAGGAGAUGGUCUGCAGGUGAGUGAGGUGAAAGCAGGGAUAUGAGAGCUGUGGUUACAAGAGGCUUCUGGCAGUUACCCUGAAGUACAUGCUCAGUUUGGGGAGAAAGGCCAGAUUCAGAAUUCUUUAUUGACUAUUUCUUGGCAACCGUGUCCGAGGCUAGUCAAUGAAUCUGGCUGUUCGCUCCACAAAAUGAGUGGGUCCCACUCCAAGGCCCUGUAGGGCCCUUCCACUGCUCAUCUGUCAUCCUGUAAGAAGUCCUUGUUUGGGAUUUGGGGCAAUGGAGCUCUCUUGAAAGCACCCAAAGGGAUUAUUUUUCAGCCAUGAGCCAUUUCUUAGAACUUCUAGUCAGAAAACAAUAAAGGGCCUACUACAGGGCAGCCCUGGACUAAACACCAGCAGCAAAAAGAGAUGUGAGGGACAUCGCCUGUCCUCAUGGAAGUCACAGACUGGUGGGACAGGCAAUACACCAGCAACUGUGGAGAGACCCCCUGUGCACCAGAUAAACUGAAUAAUUUAGUGUUCCAGUGCAUCAUUAAUUGGUGAGGGUCAUGAUGAUUUGAGAAGGGGAGUAGAACUGGGCAGGAAAGAGACAAAAUGAAAUAAAAAGGUAGAAUUUAUAUAGCCCUAUGUGCCAUGCUCUGCAUUGUCUUAUUUCAUCCUCAUGAGAACCAGAGGACUUACGUACUAUUAGUAUGUCCAUUUUACAGAUAAACUGAAUCUACCAGAGGUCCUAUAACUUGACUUGCAAGGUUCUGAGUUGGGAAUAAAAAUCUGGGCUUCCUGAUUCAAGGCCCUAUCCACUGUAACUUUAUUCUAACUUUGAAACAGAUAUGAUCAACAAG